AUGUCCAGCCAUAAACAAGCUCUGGACAAGAUUCGCUUUGAGAGCUUGACUGAUAAGAGUAAGCUAGAUGGCCAGCCUGAGCUUUUCAUCUAUAUUAUCCCUGACAAAGCUUCAAACACAUUGACGAUCAUUGAUAGCGGAGUUGGAAUGACCAAGGCUGGCUACACUGCAUCCUCUUUCUACCACCAGCUAGAAGGAAGCAACUGGGUGAGAAACCUGCUAUUAACCGGAUGCCUCUUUUGUGGGCCCCUAUUUCUUACCUUCUGCUUCCUAAACACGGUUGCAAUCGCAUACACAGCCACAGCUGCACUACCUUUUGGGACAAUUGUAGUGAUUGUUUUAAUAUGGAGUUUGGUGACAUCACCUUUACUGGUUCUCGGGGGUAUUGCUGGAAAAAACAACAAAAUUGAAUUCUAA